GGGGUAUCCUUCUGGAGGAAUAGAUUGACAAUAUUGAAAUUUAGCUAGUGCAGUUUUGCCUUUUUUUUAAGCGACAGCAUGCCCCCGACUCCUCCGUCAAUACUACAGGCAGCCUUGUCCAUCAACAGUAUUGUCAAUAGUCAGUUAUCCACCGAGAUCGUUCAUCUUCAAGGAGAUCCAGCCCGGCCAAUGGAAAAGAUACUGCGCGACCAUCUCUGGAGCCCCAGGACCCUGAGUUGACCCUGAAGGGCCCGGGAUCACCGCCAGCAGUGGAUGAUAACGGUAAUAAUAGGUCUGAUGCAUCUAGUUCCCCCUUGCAUUUUCCAGUUCGGGUCAGUGCAGCUGUGGCUGGCCCCUGCGGAGACUAUUAUUAUUCCUCCAGCCGUCUUUGCUGGUCCCCUUUUAAAUAUGCACUCGCUCCCCUUUCCAGAUUCCUACACGUCAUUCGCCUCGGUGCUGUCUUUCGGGACGUCUGCUUGUCGUCUGACACGUUGAUUCUGGAAUCCGCAGAAGCAUCAUUGCUGCAUCCAGCUGCACACCGACUGUUACCGUGGUGGAGCUCUUAUCGGAUGCUCGUCGAGCUCCGCACUUGUCCCUCCCUCUUCAGUCUCAACAGCGUCAAGUUUCAAUACCCAUUGUAUUCAAUUCAUAUGAACAAAUUUGACUGGUGUUCAUCGAAGUGUUCCGCGCGUCGAAACUCAGAUUCUACUAAUUAGUGCUCACUGCCUGAUCCCCACCCCGAUCUGCGGCCGAGACAAGAAGAAAUUGGUCCGAAAAAUAAGUCGCCAACGUCUCCCAGGGAGGAAAAUGACGUCCGACAAUUUCCAUGGUCUCACGUCUGACUCUGCAACUGCACGGCGGAACAAGCUGACGAAGAAAAAAUCAUCCCUCAUGGCGAAGAACAGCAAGCCGCUGGCCAUUCCGGCUAGAAUAUCGAGCAUCAAUGCCGCGACGAAUGAGCGAUAUCUGCGAAGCAUUGACAAGAAACCCAGCUUGUACGAGCAUGGAUCCAAGGCGCAGGAGAUCUUGGGGACUCACUUUCAACCAAACCUGAACGCAAACGACAAGAAAAAGCAUGAAAGGAGACCAUCCGUGUCUGGGGGAACAACAUCGGAGACGAAGCUGCCCCUGAAACCUGGCUUCGUGCCCUUUUCAGCGAUCCAUGAGGAAACCGGAGGGGCGUCUUCACAUCUCCGUCCACGAGCAUCGUCCCCUCUUUUGGGACGGGAAUACCGGUCCCACGAGUCGCGACCGAGUUCCCUACCGAAGGAACGUCAUCAUUCGGGAUCAUUCAGCUUAAACCCUAACCCGACCUCCACCUCAAAAGCAAAUAAUCCCUUCUCGAGAAAGCCCGAUCUAGAAUCGCACGAUGGGUCCAAGGAAACAAAAGAGCCGAAAAAGGAGUCCAGAGGAAAGACGAGGCCGCAUAGACUUGAUCUUUCUCUGCUGUUCCCAAAACCACAGGCUACAAAAGCCCCCCUUUUGUCGCCGCAGCGGAUGACAAAAUCGCCGUCUCCCAUUUCAGUGCGUUCUGGUUCCUCUCCGGGGAAGAAUUCAGCGGGAAAGGCCCGUACCAAGACGCAACCUGGCCCGGGAGGUGUUGAUUACAGUCAGAUAAUUGAGGCACCAGUGCCUGCUGAUUCGAUCAGCCCGGACUGGGCUGAUGCUUCUCUCGAAAAAAAAGUGAAGUGCACUGACAUCGAGCGGGCUCUCCAGCCACAGCGGCUUUCAAAGGUUGAUCCCAUCCGCGUUGACAUCCCCUCAAAAGGCCGAAAGACGUCGAAUCGAGUUAUCUGGCCGGAAUUUGCCGAGAGGACGACGACUGGAGGUGUCUCCUCCCGCAACCCCGUUAGCGAUUCGGGUAAGGAAUCAUACUUGGACCCUGAUCUCCGAUUCCCUUUUACCACCGAGGCACGUAAUACUCAUGCGCGUCCACAUGUCGUAGGUGAUGCAGCCCCGCUGUGUAAGAAGAGUAGCAAGGAUAUACUGAAGACGGUUGACUUGCGUCAAUCCAGCUUCCUCUUCUUAUCUUCGUCAGAGGACGAAGGCGAAGAAGAGGGGGAAGCUUCAUAUGAGGACGAGGAAGGAUCACCACAAUAUCGAUCGGAUGCAGAUGGUCGCCCGAAAAGGACAGUUACCUACCGGGAAUUUCCACAAGUGCCUCGAAGCAGACUGACUGCACGAGAAGCGAAAAGUAAUCGGCUCGAUAGAUCAAGCUCCACUGACCACCAUGGAUCGCACCGGCACCAGAGAAGGUCGUCCCUGGGUCGACGUGCCUCCAAAUCUUCAACGGGAACGUCAUCUACUGCGGCAUCGAAGGGCCACUCUCAGCGAGGGAGAAUACCGACCAUUUCUGAAUCAGAGGUACACCCGUCGGAGAAUUCGUUCCCUCGGCCACGCGUCUCUUCCGUGUCGAGAGAGGCCGACAGAAGGAGCCGCAUCAUGGUGGUGACCCGAGAAGAGGAAAGUCUUCUUGAAGCAAUGAGAAACCGCAAGGGGAAGGUUACUCCAAGUCUCUUCCGCGAGGCUGGCUUUAAGCCCAACGACCCCGAGCAAGGGUCCAUGCUUUCUUUGUCCGGGCCGUCGCGAAGUUCAUUCUACGGCGGUGAUACGUCUUUUCUACGCCUCAGCCCUGUUCCUCCGCUUCCGACAAAGCAAACUAGCCAAGACGCAAGUCACGCCGAUAACGAUAGUCUUCUUACACCUGGUGCAUCUUCCGAUGUUGAGAAGACGGCUGCUUCGGACGGCUCCCGCAGAACCAGCUUGGUAUACUCUGAAAGCCUUCCCUCGUCGACGAGUGGAGCAUCCCCUUUGACUCCUGUCCUUCCUAUCUAUCGCUUCUCUCCGAUACCUUCACAGAAAUCUCACCAGCAUUCACCUCCGCAGCAACCUCUACCCGCCAUCCCCCAACUCCCAGACGUACGUUCGAAGCAGCGCGCAACCGACAGAAACCUACUCCUUGACAGUGCCGAAGAGGAAGAUGAUGAAUUUCCGAUCUGGGCCUAUGGCUGGUGCAAUGAAUUGGGUAGCGUCGCAUCGACGCGUUGAGAGACCCAGUCUUGCUCAGGCAAAUACUUUGGUUCAUUCUCUCUCUCUCUCUCUCUCUCUCUUUCUUCCUCACCUGAUCUCAAUCCUUUCAUCUUAUUUCUUUUCGCUAUCUUUCUGGCUUUUUCUUAUGAUUAUUGGGCUAUCUGGAAAGCCCUUUAGCGGAAGUUCUCUAUCUAUCUCGCCUGCUAUCCUUCUGUCUCUCUUUUUUCCUGAUCACCCUUUGACCGAUAGAUUAGACGGCACGUUCUCUGUCUCUUCCCCCCCAUCUCUCUCUUCCCCUUUUGCUUGCAUACUGUCCUUGCCAUAUAUAUUUAAUUUUUUUAUUUUAUUUUUAUUUUUGUUGCAUAGGCGGUGCGCUUGUGUUCGCUGCAUACAGCAGACAUGUGGGCUGAUUGGUCCUUUGUUGUCUUCCUUUUUCUUCCCCUCUGGGAACGUUCAUUGUACCGGAAGAAUUAUUUCCGAUAGUGGCAUGUAUAUAGCAUAAUGCUGCGGUUCUGCAGAAUACAUAAUAAUACGACGACGAUUUGAAUGGGAUGCGUAGAAUGCAAUGCUCGGG